UUUAGAGGCCCAGUAUUUCUCCACGCACAUGUCACUAUCAUCAUCAACAAAAACUUCGUAAAAAGUAAGUGUCAAUUAUUCGACCCAAACCCGUUAUUCUAUGUUCUCACUUCCUUCACCCCUGAGAUAUGAUCGAAGACUCACGUCAUCAUCACGUUAGGUUCAGUGUUAGUCACUUCCCCUACUACCUACCUAUAUACCACUCUUGACCACAUAUUUAAGACCAAUAUACCAAUCGAAACUAACAUAACUAAAUCUGAUGCCAGCCCAAACACUUCUAUCGAGACAAUAUUCAUUCUUAGCACAAAAUUCAUAACACAAUGAAGUUCCCACCGAAUAGAAAACAAUAGUCAUAAUUUAGAGUAAACUUCAAUAACAAUGGAUGUGCUCACUUGAAAGGGCUCAUUAUUUACUAUUGCUCUCGCCGUAACGUCAACACAAGCUAAUCUAGAAAUCCUCUCAUAACAAUCAGAACUAGAAUAUUUAAACAAGGUUCAAGAAUUUUGGCCUUCAUUUAGUAAAAGUCAGUGCGCGAACCCAGACAUAAUGUGGAAACACUCUUUGGCACAUUUUUAUUUUUUGUUAUUUCUAAAGUUUAUUAGUUGUUGUCAGUGUAACAUUAAUCAAACGACUGAAAAAGAUUUAUACAUAGAGAAGAGGCAGCUUGAAUUUGAGGACUAUACAACGGAGAUGACUGACAAUGCGACCGAGAGUACGGUAUCCGUGGACAGGCCAACGGUCACCUCUUACCAUUUGGGGAACUUGGAAUCUAAUAAUGAAACUAGCACCGAAUCGUAUGAAGGAACAACGCCAGAAACAACUGAAGCCACUGAAAGAAAACAAAACUCUACAGACAUCAAAGAACAUUCAGAAUAUAACGAAAGCACUGAAAAUAUUCUGGACCCUACUGAAGGUAGUAUUGAUUUGAAUGAAUUUAUUACACCUGAUAAUGAAACCACUACCGAAAUAGUUAGGAAAAGAGUUAAGACACUGAAACAUAGCCUUAAAGAUCAGGCGAAGAAAUGUCGGCAUUACAGGAAGGGGAAUUCCUUUGAUUUGUCCAAGAUGGCGGAUGUGUGGCAAGUUGUGUACUAUCAGUUGCCGAAUAAGUUAAAAUGUUUCAAAAUUCAUAUAAAGUUGGUGAAAUUAAAGGAGCAGCAACGCUAUGCCACUGUGUUUGGGAACUUCAACGACACAGUACGUUGGGACAAAUGCUUUUUAGAAAUAAAAUCUAGCGAAAAGUCUGAGGGGGGUUCUAGAAGACACUUUCUUCAAGGAACCCAAAGUGACAGAGGCGUGAUGGAGAAUAUUAUCAUUGACGAAGAACAUUGCGCGGAUAUACCGCGCGGCAACGCUCAUUUCAUACGGGGCAAACAAACAAUUGACAACUAUCGGUACAAACCACGGAGGAUGGAAAGGUGGCGGAGAUGCCAUGAAGCAGAAAACACGACUUACAUCACCCUUCACCGCGAGAGUGGUGAUCAGUGGUCGGUGAUUAAAAAUCUUCUCGUGAUGCGAGACUGCGAGACUGGUGAUCUUGUAGUCUUCACGAAGGUGCCUUCACGUCCCCGUAGAGACGACAUCUUGGAUGCCUUGACAGUAUUCGGGGAAAGCAAACUUAACGGCACCAUGGCUUGUGAAGAAAAGUCUGAAAAAACCUGGAUUAAGUACGAAGAUGAUGCCCCGUCCACACGCGGUUCAAACAAGAAGUAAUGUAAAUAAAAUGUAAUGGAAGGAUGAAUCCUUAGAGCGGUUUCGCGGCGUAUUUUACGUCCUUAUGCGCUCAUUUUUGCAAGCAUGAAGUUUUUACCUACUUGAUGAGCGUUAUUGGACUACUGCGCACAUUUUUACGUCGGUUAGCGCACAUAACACAUGCAUACAAAAACGAUCGCAUACGCGCAAAAAAACGCCAACAAAAUUAAGGGUUUCUUUGCAAUUUUUACAAUUAAUUUAAAUGUAUUAUUAAAAUCUGUAUGCAAUAACAGCAAAAGAUUUAAGAAGUCAUAAAAAUAAAUAAAACAAUAAAUAAUUUAGACAUGAUUUCAUAAAUUUGAA